CUAUAAGUCCUCCUACUACACCUUCUGGCCCGGUUCGGUUCGGUUCAGGUGUGAAAGAGAAUGUGUAACGAUAUGCAGACGUAGGAGAAAUAAAAAAAAACUGACCCUCGAAUGGCAUGGCAAUGUCAUGGCUUGCCUGGGGUUGGCCGCACGGACCCGACCGGAACCAAACAUUUCUCUCUCGGCUCAGUUUAGCUUCAACUUCUUUUCCGUGCGGGUCGAAACCGUUGUUUUGUUUCGCUAGUCAGUCAGAUUUCUAGUAGACAGUAGACAAAAAAAAUGGUUAGUUCUUUAAGUUACACCGUAACGGUGACAUGGUUGGUUGUUCCGUUAAGCUUCCUGUAUGGGGCGAUAAUAUUUCCGCGAGUACCGGAUGUGCUCAACCCACCCGUACCGGAUAGCGUCGAUCUUGUGGAGCAAUCUGCCUACUUGCUAGCCGACGAACAGGAUCCGGAAGUAACACCGGGACUUUUCCAGGGUGAUAUGGCCAUGGAUAAUAACAUGUACAAAUACUGGAGAGUGGGUCUCAAGUGGGAUGUAUUUCCGGAGCGACGUUGGCCCAACCGAACGGUGCCGUAUGCGAUCAGUCCAUUGUACGACGUUGACGAUCAGGUGACGAUCCUGAAGGCGAUUCGAACACUGAAUUUUAUGACGUGCGUACGUUUCGUACCAUGGAACGGCAAGGAUAAGGACUUUCUCCUCAUCUGGCCCAUCAAGUACCCGAAGGGUUGCUGGAGUUACGUGGGUAAAACCGGUGGCACGCAGAUCGUGUCGCUGCAGCCACCGGAUCAUCAGAGCGUCAACUGCCUGGGUCACGAAGGACGCGCCAUGCACGAGCUAAUGCACGCCCUGGGGAUCUUCCACGAGCAGUCGCGGGCCGAUCGGGAUCGGUUCGUCAAAAUCAACUGGGACAAUAUAAUACCGGCAUUCAAAUCCAACUUCGAGAAACAAUCGCUGAAGAACACCACGUACAACUUCGAGUACGACUACAACAGCAUCAUGCAUUACGGGAAGAGUUACUUCAGCAUCGGCAAAGGGAAGGCUACGAUCGAAACCAAGAUGCCGAACAUCAAGCUCGGACAACGGCAGGCGCUCAGCAAAACCGACUGCCUAAAGAUCAACGAUCUGUACGAGUGUCUGGACAAUCCCCGGCUAACCAAGAAGUACUACAACCUGUGCAAGACGUUGGGUAUUUGAUUGACACACGUGCCAUUUCGUAGGACGACCAAAUAA